AUGCCCCAUAAGCAUCGCCGCCACCAUCUCGGCGACAUCAUCGACUGGUUCAUCAGGAUGAACCUCUUCACCACCGACGCGUCUGACCUAGAUUCUCCCGACAGCAACAACACCGACAACAACAACUCCAGAGUCCGCGACGACGACGACGACUUACAGCAAGAGGGUGAUGCCCAGCGCAGCCGAGCCGUUGACGACUCCAACAUGGCACAGCGUCCCGGCUCUCAUCGCGCCCCAGAGGCCGACGUGGGCUCAGACGACGUGGCCACCGUCGUUCAAACCGUCUUCAAGACUCUGGCCCCAACCUUUCAAGGCCCCAUCGCCGGCUACUCGACCUUGUUCGACGAUGAUGAUGUCCCACCUCCCACGGCAUCUCAGCGAGCCCUGUCGCCUGUUCAAACGCCGUCACCCUCUCCGUCACCAGCCCCGAGUCCAGCCCCCACGCCCGCAUCUGUCGACAGCAAAGGCCCCGAGUCGUCCGACCAGUCCUCUUCGGCCAGAGUCUCCGCAUCUAGCACGCGGAGCUUCUCCAACACAUUUCAAGCGGUCCUCGGCAACCCGGCCACUGACCCAACCUCCGUGCCCAUAAUGACGGAUCGCAUAGGUCUGCUGCCUUCGGCAUCUCGACCCUCGGCCUCCGCUUCUACCGCGGACUUGUCAAUGAACAGAAAGGAAAGCGCCGCCGCCGACUCGGGCUCCAGCGCGGGCGUAAAGACGGGCAUCGCUUUUGGCGUCUUGGGCGGAGUCCUCGCCGUUGUCCUGCUGGCCUACUUCCUCUUCAAUCGUCGUCGCAAGCAGGCUGCCGCACGCAUCAGGCUCGACGAUGGCGACGAAAAGUUUCAGCCGGGCUUCAGCGCGGGUUCGAGUCCCUUCGAAGCCCCCUCGAUGCGAGGCGACCCCAAGGCUCCUCGCAUCAGCCUGCGGCCCGUUGGCCAGUUCACUCCCGUCGGCACUGCGUGGGACCGCCCGGCCACUAGCCGGAGCACCAACACCGCCAACCCUUUUGGAAUACAGGCCGAACGCGUCCCUUCGACGAUUGUCGAGGAGCAGAGCAUGCGCAGCAACAGCACUUCCCCCGCCACGCUCUUCGAGGCGCCACGCGCUCCGGGAAGCUCGUUUUCCCAGGACGCCCUCAAGAUCAAUGGACGUACCAUGGCCGCGGGCGCGGCCCUCGGUGUUGCCACUGGCCUGUCGCGCAAGACGUCGAUGCGCAAGGAUGGAUCCAGCAACGUAGACCUGACCUUGCCGAGGCGGAACAUAUGGGCGUCACCACCGAGCCCCGCCGAGACUGAGUUUAGCGUGUCAUCGGUGCCGGCCGGUUCGGCUCCACUUGCCACCAACGGCGCCGUGGCCAUUGAGGCGGCCGGUGGGCCCGCCAACUCGGGCGUCCACCGCGUCGAGCUCGAGUUCAAGCCGACGCUCGAAGACGAGAUGGAGCUGCGCGUUGGGGAACUGGUCCGCCUGCUUCACGAGUACGACGACGGAUGGUGUCUCGUCAUCCGCCUCAACCGUUCUCAGCAGGGCGUCGUGCCUCGGACGUGCCUGUCAUCUCGGCCCGUCAAGCCGCGACUCCCCCCGGGCGCAUUUCGUCCGGGGCCUCCCGUGAACCCAAGCGGCCAGGCCCGAGGUCCCGGCUCCCUCAACGGGUCGAGGCCCGUUGCUUCGGAGUCUUCGCGCCUCAGGCUGGUCCAGAGCUCCGGCUCAACCUCGCCCACGAGCACCAACCGGCGAGCCCAGUCCCCGCGACCAAGACAGCAAGGAGCCUUAUCUAGUCGACCCCAGAGCCCAGGUGGAGCGAGAUUGGUGACUCCUCCGCAGCCGGGCCCGCCACCGCCUGGGCCUCCCCCGUCAGGCCCUCCACCACCGGGAUCCGUCGGCAGAAAGCCGGUGCCCGGGCAGAAUCUCGGGAGCCGGUCAAACUGGCUGAAAGAGCCCCGGCCGUGGGCCACGGAAUGA